CUCCAAAUGAUGACAAGAGGGACUAUCAAAAAACUAGAAAAGAUCUUUAAAGAAGCAGAUUCUCAGAAGAAGGCUUCUAUACCUUUACAACAAGUUUCUUCGAAGAAGAUCGAGAGGAGAGGUCGUAAAAAGUCUAUUAAAGGGUAAAAAGAAAAGAGUAGCUAAGAUGCUUGACAAGGUUACUCAAGAGACAACCUCACAAGAUUCAAGAAAAUGCACAAUAACAAAGGAGAAGAAUGAUGAAAAUUCAGACAAAAAUAUACCACAGAAGUUAAGGACUUCCUUACUGAAAAGUAUUGAAGAAUUUAGUUGUCAGAAGGAAGAAACUAAAGUUCCGUCCAAACCCAAUACUCCAGCCAAAAAGCAGAACCCUCCAAAAAGGAGGAUGAAGAAGAAGAUUGAACCUAAAGAAGCUCAUAAGCCUAAGAAUUGCAAGAAAGGAAGAUCAAAAAGCUGACAUCAGAACCCAAUUACCACAAAACUACCUCAAAAGAAAAGGAGAGGAAAUAGUCAACUAAGAAGAAAAGUUAAAGGAAUGGUCUCUAAAUUAUUGAGUAAAGAGCACCCUGUAAUACUCUUGCAGAAGUGAGGAAAGCCAGAACCGCUAGUGCCAUUCUUCUUUCAUUAUUUUGGAGCAAAAGAACCUGAAAGACCUCUGGAAUAAUUGGAAUUUACCCUGAAGUGAGAUGUAAGGAGAAAUC